GAGGAAACUUUGUGUUUUGUUCUCCAAGUUCACUUUAGUUCUCGCUCGUCUCUCGUGCUGCCUCCGUGACGCGUGCGAUGCGCGCCGGGACUCGUGCAUCAGUGCAGCUCCAGAUCGGUUUACAGCUGAGUCUCGGAUCGUAAUGUUUCCCAAAGUUUUCUGCACCGGACUGAACUACAUGGAAUAAUGUGGCGGAUCAUUUUGCUGUGUUGCGCUCUGGAGGGAUGCGCUGCGCUCCGUCCACCUGCGAACGCGUCUCUCCUCGCACCUGUCCGAGGCGUCGUGCGCACCGUGGACCGGAUUUAUCACGGAGGAGGGAAGGCGGGUUAUCUUCUCUACAUGGACGAGCAGCGCUUUCAGCUGGAUAUGGAGCGGGAUGAGUCUGUACUGUCUCAGCACUUCGGGUUGAACGCAGACGCAGAGCGUUUGCAGCCGCGUCGGGAAUGCGUUUACCGCGGCACCGUCAACUCAAACGCGGAGUCGCUCGCGCUUUUCAAUCUGUGCGGCGGAGGACUCGACGGGUUUUUCGCAGUGGAUGACGCGCGUUACACCGUCACCCGAGCCGACGCGACGCGCGCUCUCUACUACUACACGCGCGAGAGCUUCGGUUUCGAAGCGAUGCCCGCGCGGCACAGCUGUGGCACGCGCGACCGCAAAGCGCGGAACGCGCGUAGGCAGUUCGCGAAGCGCGACGCGCUGACGCGACGCAAGCGCUCCGUGUCCCGCGCGCGGCACGUGGAGCUGCUGCUGGUCGCUGACGCGUCCAUGACGAAGAAGUACGGGAAGGACCUGCACCAUUACCUGUUGACGCUCGCGUCCAUCGCGUCCAAACUCUACGGCCACGCCAGCAUCGAGAACCCCAUCCGCCUGUCCGUGGUUAAAGUGGCGAUCCUGUCCGAGCACGAGAAGGGCAUCGACGUGUCCAAGAACGCGGCCGCGACGCUCAAGAGCUUCUGUAAAUGGCAGAAUCAGCAGAACCCUCUGGAUGACGACCACCAGCAUCACCACGACGCGGCGAUCCUCUUCACCAGGCAGGAUCUGUGCGGUCACCACUCGUGUGAUACUCUCGGGAUGGCUGAUGUGGGGACUGUGUGUUCACCGGAGCGGAGCUGUGCAAUCAUCGAGGACGACGGGCUACACGCCGCAUUCACCGUGGCACACGAGAUCGGGCACCUGCUGGGUCUGUCCCAUGACGACUCUAAGUUCUGUGAGGAGCGUUUCGGCUCCAGUGAAGACAAGCGGCUGAUGUCGUCCAUCCUGACGUCCAUCGACGCGUCCAAACCCUGGAGCCGCUGCACCUCCGCCACCAUCACGGACUUCUUCGACGACGGAAACGCCGAGUGUCUGCUGGACGCUCCUCGUCUCCCUCUCUUGGGUCCGGAGGAGCUGCCGGGUCAGAGAUACGAUGCGGUGCAGCAGUGCCGUCUGGCCUUCGGUCCGGAGUACACCGUGUGUCCCGGGAUGGACGUGUGCGCGCGUCUGUGGUGCGCCGUCAUCAGGAAGGGACAGAUGGUGUGUCUGACCAAGAAGCUUCCGGCCGUGGAGGGAACGCCGUGUGGGAAGGGCCGGAUCUGUCUGCAGGGCAAAUGUGUGGACAAAACCCGAAAGAGACACUACUCGACGUCGAAUCACGGCAGCUGGAGCUCCUGGGGUCCGUGGGGUUCGUGUUCUCGGACGUGUGGCGGUGGUGUCCAGUUUGCACACCGUCUCUGUAACAACCCUCCUCCCCGAAACAACGGCCGCUACUGCACCGGGAAGAGAGCCGUGUACCGCUCCUGCAGCGUCACGCCGUGCCCUUCAGCCGGGAAGAGUUUCCGUCAGGAGCAGUGUGAGCUGCGUAACGGCCCUCAGACGGACCCUAAAGGAGUCAAGACCUUCGUGGAAUGGGUGCCGAAGUUCGCCGGCGUGCUUCCCAAAGACAUGUGCAAACUCACCUGCAGGGCCAAAGGGACGGGAUACUACGUGGUGUUCUCACAGCGGGUGGUUGAUGGGACGGAGUGCCGGCCGUUCAGCAGUUCGGUGUGUGUGAAGGGGAAGUGUGUUCGCACCGGCUGCGACGGGAUCAUCGGCUCUAAACUUCAAUACGACAAGUGCGGCAUCUGCGGCGGCGACGGAGACAGCUGCAUCAGAGUGGCUGGAAACUUCACCAAGAAGAGUAAGGGCUACACAGAUGUGGUGAAGGUUCCCGAGGGUUCGACGCACCUGAAGGUCAGACAGUACAAAGCCAAAGGCCAGUCGCGCUUCACAGCGUAUCUAGCUCUGCGGCGGCCCGGAGGAGAAUACCUGCUCAACGGGAAGUUCAUGAUCUCCACGUCUGAGAACAUCAUCCCCCUCAACGGCUCCGUUCUCAACUACACCGGCUGGAGUCAGCGGGACGAUGCCCUUCACAGCAUGGGCCCCGGGGCCCUUCAGGAAAGCCUGGUGGUGCAGAUUCUGGCCACGGAUGCUAAGAAACCACUGGACAUCCGCUACAGCUUCUUCAUGCCGCGCAAAAUUCCGCUUCCACCGCGAACGGUUGUAGCGACCUCUGGAACCGCCGCGGCACUGUCCUCGGCGGAGAUUGUGACGUUUACGACCGAGGUUCCUGCGACGACGACGACGGCACCCACGGGGCCACGCUGGGUGACGGGUUCGUGGAUGACGUGCUCCAGAACUUGUGAUACGGGUUGGCAGAGUCGCACGGUGCAAUGCAAGGACCCUCAAGGGAAGCUGUCCAAGAGCUGCCUGCUCAGCGCCCGGCCGUCGGCCUUCAAACACUGCCUGAUUAAAAAAUGUUGAGGACCCCUCAAUCAGACGAACUUCCUGACGGAGCUUCAUGAAGCACGUAGACUGAACCGUUGCAGUUGCGUUCCGAUCACUGUGGGAUUCUGCUAGCGUUCACAGUCGUGAUGCGUUGUGACUCUGGAGCUUUGGCUCUAGCCUUGAAUGUGGUCAUGUUCAGCCACGCCCCUUUGGACAAGCCACGCCCCUUCAUUCAAAUGACACGCCCCUUGAGUUCACACUGGCAGUGAUUUAAAGCAUUUCUGUAGUGUUUGAGGCUCUGGCUUCGAAUGAGUCAAUGUUCAGCCACGCCCCUUUUGACAAAGCCACGCCCUAAAUCCAAACAACAUGCUUCUUGAGUUCAAAAAGUUUCGAAAACAUUUAGAAAACCGAACUUUUAAAAAUAUUCAGAAAUAAUGUUUUCAUAACUAAUUGGGAACAUUAGCAUAAAGUUCUAUAUCAUUUAUCAUGUCCGAAAAACUAAAAAUGUUGAGGACCCCUUCCUGAGCUUCGUGAAGCACGCAGACUGAACCGUUGCAGUGGCGUUCCGAUCACUGUUGAAAUUCUUAUAGCGUUCACAAUCCUGUUGCAUUGUGACUCGGACGAGGAGCUUUGGCUCUAGCCUUGAAUGUGGUGACGUUUAGUCACACCCCUUUGAAAAAGCCACGCCCCUUCAUUCAAAUGACACGCCCCUUGAGUUCACACUGGCAGUGAUUUAAAGCAUUUGUGUGCUUGAUAAAAUUAUAAAAUGGAAUGUUAUGUUAAUGUUCACAUAAUCAAGAAAAAGAAAAAACAUUUAAAAAACAUUCAGAAACAGGGUUUUCAUUAAUUAAUGGGAACAUUAGCAUAACGUUCUGUGUCAAUAUCAUAUCCAAAAUCCUAAAUCAGAUGAACUUCCUGGUUCAGCUUUGUGGAUCACAUUGACUGAACCAUUGCAGUUGCAUUUGUUUGAAUGCGUUUCCGGUUACUGGAAUUCUGCUAGUGUUCGCAAACGUUGCAUUGUGACUUCAGACAAGGAGCUUUGGCUCUAGCCUUAAACCACGCCCCUUUGACAAAGCCACACCCCUUCAGUCAAAUGACACACCCCUUGGGCUCACACUGGCAGUGAUUUAAAACAUUACUCUUGUGUUUGAUGUUAAGAUGCGUUUACAUUUACUAUUGAUGAAAUGGAAUGUAAAUGGAAUUCUGCCAGCAUUUACAGUUGCGUUGUGUUGCUUAGUGACUCAGACAAGGAGCUUUGGCUCUAGCCUUAAAUGUGGCACCUUUUAGCCACGCCCCUUUAACAAAGCCACACCCACUGAUCCAAAAGCCAUGCCCCUUAAGUUCACACUGGCAGUGAUUUAAACCACUGCCGUAGUUAUUAAUGUUAAGUUGCAAUCACAUUUACAGUCGCUCCGUGUAAUCAAGUCUUUCCAAUUCCAACGAUUGCGUGAAAAAAACUCACGUAGGUUACCCUUUUCCCAUUGACCAAGUGACUUCUGUGCGAGUGGCACUUCAUACAUCUCUAUUUUACAGACAGCAGACAUUGGACCAUUUUGGUUCGUGAAAUUUCACUACAAUUUUACUAAUGUGACCGAAACUUCAGUAGCUUUUCUAACUCGACUGUAGGGCUGCACGAUAUAAAGCAUAAUUAAAAUUUUCCUUUUGAUUUGUGUUUUACAUAAAAGUGCAACAAUUCCGAUUCUGAAAUUUCUCAAACGAGAACCUUUGGGAUUUUUGGAGCAAAAUAAUGAGGAUUAUCAGAUUACUGUGCCACCCUACUUGAUCGGAUUAUUUAACUACAUAUAUCAGUCUGUGUUCCUAUUGGUCGUCAUCGCAUUAUGUCACAGCUUAUUUGUAAAAACCUGGACCAAGUUGUCAACAGAUUUAAUGAUCGCUGUUAGUGUAAACCUCCUGUUUAGGGUCUGAUACAUUUACAGUACCACCCAUAAGAAAUAAGCAUCGACCCCAGGAAUGGAAAGGUCCAUGCAGAACGCUGAUUUUCUUGAAUUAAUCUAAUAAUAUUGAGUGUGAAACUCCCACAUUGAACUGAUCUUCCUUUCUUUGUUACAGAAAAACUAAACAGGGCUCUGAUUUGUAAAUGUGUGUGUGUCAUUUUCUGUGUUCAGGGCUCAAACGACACUGUGCCCUCGAUACUCGCAAUAACGCCAGCCAAUCACUCACUCGCUCUCAGUCGCGCCGUUUACAUGUUCAUGGGAAUGUUUCAGGUUAAAAACAAACUAAAACCUUUUUUAGAGUGAAAUACGUCUAUGAGGCAAGAAUCACACAGGGUUAAAGCCAAAAUGUGAAACAUGUAUGUGUAUUAGAGCCUGUAUACUAAUUGCUGUGUACAGAAAUGUGUGUUAUUUGAACUGUAAGCCCAGCUAACGAGAAGGAUUUUUAGCAUGUUCUGGUAAAAGUUUUGAACAAUUCAGAACAAAGUAACUUAUUUAAAAUUAUCUGGUCUUUGAUAAUGUUCUCACAAAAAAAUAAUUUACCGUAUUUUUCGGACUAUAAGUCGCACCUGAGUAUAAGUCGCAUCAGUCCAAAAAUACGUUAUGAUGAGGAAAAAAACAUAUAUAAGUCGCACUGGACUAUAAGUCGCAUUUAUUUAGAACCAAGAGAAAACAUUACCGUCUCCAGCCGCCAGAUGCUGCUCAGUGUACAGGAGCGCCCUCUUGCGGCUGUAAGUGGUAAUGAUUCCACUUGAUUCAUUUCUCUUGGUUCAUGUCAAAUUAAUUUUGAUAAAUAAGUCGCACCUGACUAUAAGUCACAGGACCAGCCAAACUAUGAAAAAAAGUGUGACUUAUAGUCCGGAAAAUACGGUAUACAUCAUAAAUAAAACAAAUUCAGUUGGACAUUCAUCUGACAUUGUAUAAAUGUAUCCACUUGUUUCAGAAUGUUCAAAGGACAUUCAAAAGUAACAUUCCCAUAAUGUUUCCAAAGUUCUCAAAUGGAACAAUGAAAAGGUUCUUCAAACACUUUUCUGUUAGCUGGGAGACUUCUGUUCUUUGCAGAUGAACUUCUUGUGAUGUGUUACUGAUGUAAGUGACUUUUACAUGUUCUUAUGUUACACAGACACGGUGACACAUUUAGUGUGUUUUUUUUUUUUUUUUGUCUAGUUCAAAACAAAUGUGUUCCUAACAUUCUGAUACAAUGUCUUGCCCCAUAGACUUCCACUGUAAGUGACUGUAAACACAAUCUUUCGAAUUAAGAGAGGAGUUAAAUACAGCUUGACUUGUGUUGAGACCGGAACAUUCCUUUGAAUCAUUUUUCACCUCAGUUCAACCUCAUUUCUCAGACAGUGAAACACUUGAAGCUGAAGGAAAUAAUGACAGACACGGAGUGUGUUUUCAUAGUUGACAUAUGCAAACGCUCUUGCAAAUUAGCACCACUUCUCAGAUAUGUGAUGUGUUUUCAUUCAUGUGUGUGUUUUUAUGAGCAGCGGAAAUCAGUUUAAAGUCAACAUGAUUCAACUCUAUUUACUUUCAUUCAUGUUCGUGCUCUUAUUAUAUAGUAUAUAAUCUUCCAUAGUCAUUUGACAUCUCAUCGAUUUCUAAAUGAAAUAGAUUUUUCGCAGUGGGUUGCGAAUGCGUUUCAUGUGGACUUUAAACCUGCUGCUGGUGGUGAAUUUGUGAAGAUGUUUGAUUCAUUUCACACAGAUGCAGUAAUUGAAUGAACUCAUGUGAUUCAGGGUUCGGUGCCUGAACUUCUUCCAAGAUUUCAUCUGUUUACUCCAUGUAUGCAGUACUGUUUUACCGUCUCAAUGGGAAACGGCAGUUUCACUGAAAAUACACAGCACUGAUUUUAUAAUUUAUUGUUUGUACAACUGGUAUGUGAAGAAAAAAAAAAAAGAAAACACAGGAUGAAUUUAUUUAUUGUUAUGCUCAUUUUGUCUCAUAAAUACUAUUUAACUAGGAAUAUGAGUGAGCAGAAGAGUUCCUUUUGAAGAAAAUUGUUUUUUAGCCAUCUUCAUGAAUAUAUAUGUAUAUAAAACAAAAUGCUAUAUUUAAAA